CCCCCUAUAGAUCGAGCAACAACAGAAGCCACCAAGCCGGGGAAGAAAUUAGAUAUUCAAGCACCAACCCAACAAUGACAGGGCAAAACUCGGCUAGAGGGGAGGAUGAAGGCAAUCCCCAAAUCCCACCGGGAUUCACAGUGUGCCGAUUGGAGGAGGAGGCGAGGGUCGAGGAUAGAAGCCACCAGGGUAGGGUGAAGGGGCGAUACAAAGAAGGGAUGGGAGCGAAGAGUUUGGCUCUCGAAAUGGAGACAGUGGCGGCGGCGCUUCAAGGCGGCCUGAGAAUUGAAGAAUAAGGGGCAGCGCAGAGGCAGGCGGUGAGUAGGGCCCAAAUGGGGUCUCAGCUUUCACUUGGGCCUAUCAGCCCCUCCUUGCAGGCCCAUGAUGCAAGGAAUGGAGAGCCCAACCCUACCUGACUUGCAAAUCCAAUCCUUGUAUCAUCACAUCCAAAAAGAAUUGGAGGGAGAAGCUGGCCGAACCAUGAAAAAAGGAAAGGGCUCACGAUUCAGAGCCCAGUAGAGACUAAUGUUGGGCCUAAUGAAGUGUCUGACUUUAA